AGAAGCGCCGGGAGCAGGAUACACCACUUUCCUUACUGACCAGGACCGCUUUCGGAGCAGUCCCUGCGGCGGAUAUCAGGAUGUGUUGACAUUAAAUGGACGGGGCAACAACUAGCAUCACUGACCCCAGAGUUUAAACACAUGUCCUCCGAUGACCGGGAUUUGAUUUUUUUCCUUCUUUUAUCAGCAGCGUCCAGGUCACCGCUGCCAACACGACUCCCACCGUAACCUUGAUCAAUUUACCUUGAUGCACCGGUGAAGGACGGGGACUUGCAUUCCCCUAAAAACGCCUCCAGGGCGUGGGGGCGGUCGUGGAGGACCGGGAGGAGGAGGUGGAGGGGAAAAAGGCGGUGGAGGCGGCGGCGAAGGCGUUGGACGAGCGGUGCUGGCGAGGGGGACCAAGCCGCGAGAGGCAGCGUCUGGCGUCUCAGUGGUGCGCUCCCCAGCCUGCAGGCGGGACCGGCGUGGGAACGCGGCUGGCCGGCUGUGUACCGCGUCCUCACCACAAUGGUCCGGCUCCUCUUGGUUUUCUUCCCAGCGAUCUUUUUGGAGAUGUCCCUUCUCCCCCAAAACCCCGGCAGACAAAUGUUGCUGGUGGGAGCCUCAUCUCAGCGCUCCGUGGCCAGAAUGGACGGAGAUGUCAUUAUUGGAGCCCUCUUCUCUGUCCACCACCAGCCCCCCGCCGAGAAGGUGCCUGAAAGGAAGUGUGGGGAGAUCAGGGAGCAGUAUGGCAUCCAGAGGGUGGAGGCCAUGUUCCACACAUUGGAUAAGAUCAACGCGGACCCCGUCCUCCUGCCCAACAUCACCCUGGGCAGCGAGAUCAGGGACUCCUGCUGGCACUCUUCCGUGGCUCUGGAACAAAGCAUCGAGUUCAUCAGGGACUCUCUGAUUUCCAUUCGAGAUGAGAAGGAUGGGCUCAACCGGUGCCUGCCUGACGGCCAGACCCUCCCUCCAGGCAGGACUAAAAAGCCUAUUGCUGGAGUGAUCGGCCCGGGUUCCAGCUCAGUAGCCAUUCAAGUCCAGAACCUGCUCCAGCUGUUCGACAUUCCCCAGAUCGCCUAUUCUGCCACAAGCAUCGACCUGAGUGACAAAACUUUGUACAAAUACUUCCUGAGGGUUGUCCCUUCUGACACUUUGCAGGCAAGGGCGAUGCUUGAUAUAGUCAAGCGUUACAAUUGGACCUAUGUUUCUGCAGUCCACACGGAAGGGAAUUACGGGGAGAGCGGAAUGGAUGCUUUCAAAGAGUUGGCUGCCCAGGAAGGCCUCUGCAUCGCGCAUUCAGACAAGAUCUACAGCAAUGCGGGCGAGAAGAGCUUUGACCGACUCUUGCGCAAGCUCCGAGAGCGGCUUCCCAAGGCCAGAGUGGUGGUGUGCUUCUGCGAGGGCAUGACCGUGCGCGGCCUCCUAAGCGCCAUGCGGCGCCUUGGUGUUGUGGGCGAGUUCUCACUCAUUGGGAGUGAUGGAUGGGCAGACAGAGAUGAAGUCAUCGAAGGUUAUGAGGUGGAAGCCAACGGGGGAAUCACAAUAAAGCUGCAGUCUCCAGAGGUCAGGUCAUUUGAUGAUUAUUUCCUGAAACUGAGGCUGGACACUAAUACAAGGAAUCCUUGGUUCCCUGAGUUCUGGCAACAUCGGUUCCAGUGCCGCCUACCGGGACACCUUCUGGAAAACCCCAACUUUAAAAGAAUCUGCACAGGCAAUGAAAGCUUAGAAGAAAACUACGUCCAGGACAGUAAGAUGGGGUUUGUCAUUAACGCCAUCUAUGCCAUGGCGCAUGGGCUACAGAACAUGCACCACGCCCUCUGCCCCGGCCACGUGGGACUCUGUGAUGCCAUGAAGCCCAUCGACGGCAGGAAGCUCCUGGACUUCCUCAUCAAGUCCUCAUUCAUCGGCGUGUCUGGAGAGGAGGUGUGGUUUGAUGAGAAGGGGGAUGCUCCCGGAAGGUAUGACAUCAUGAAUCUGCAGUACACUGACGCUAAUCGCUAUGACUAUGUACAUGUCGGAACCUGGCAUGAAGGAGUACUAAACAUCGAUGAUUACAAAAUCCAGAUGAAUAAGAGUGGACUCGUACGGUCUGUGUGCAGUGAGCCUUGCUUAAAGGGUCAGAUAAAGGUCAUACGUAAAGGAGAAGUGAGCUGCUGCUGGAUCUGCACAGCAUGCAAGGAGAACGAGUAUGUGCAGGAUGAGUUCACCUGCAAAGCCUGUGACCUGGGGUGGUGGCCCAACGCAGACCUAACAGGCUGUGAGCCCAUUCCUGUGCGAUAUCUUGAGUGGAGCAACAUAGAAUCCAUCAUAGCCAUCGCCUUUUCUUGCCUGGGCAUCCUGGUUACCCUGUUUGUCACGCUCAUAUUUGUGCUGUAUCGAGACACACCGGUGGUCAAAUCCUCGAGUCGGGAGCUCUGCUACAUCAUCCUAGCUGGCAUCUUCCUGGGUUAUGUGUGCCCUUUCACUCUCAUUGCCAAACCUACUACCACAUCCUGCUACCUCCAGCGCCUCCUGGUUGGCCUCUCCUCUGCCAUGUGCUACUCAGCUUUAGUGACCAAAACCAAUCGCAUUGCACGCAUCCUUGCUGGCAGCAAGAAGAAGAUCUGUACCCGCAAGCCCAGGUUCAUGAGUGCCUGGGCCCAGGUGAUCAUUGCCUCAAUUUUGAUUAGUGUGCAACUAACACUGGUGGUAACCUUGAUCAUCAUGGAACCUCCCAUGCCCAUUUUGUCCUACCCAAGUAUCAAAGAAGUCUACCUUAUCUGCAAUACCAGCAACCUGGGUGUGGUGGCCCCUGUGGGCUACAAUGGACUCCUCAUCAUGAGCUGUACCUACUAUGCCUUCAAGACCCGCAACGUGCCCGCCAACUUCAAUGAGGCCAAAUAUAUCGCCUUCACCAUGUAUACCACCUGCAUCAUCUGGCUGGCUUUUGUGCCCAUUUACUUUGGGAGCAACUACAAGAUCAUCACUACCUGCUUUGCAGUGAGCCUCAGUGUAACAGUGGCCCUGGGGUGCAUGUUCACUCCCAAGAUGUACAUCAUCAUUGCCAAGCCCGAGAGGAAUGUCCGCAGUGCCUUCACCACCUCUGACGUGGUCCGCAUGCACGUGGGCGACGGCAAGCUCCCCUGCCGCUCCAACACGUUCCUCAACAUUUUCCGAAGAAAGAAGCCGGGGGCAGGGAAUGCCAAUUCUAAUGGCAAGUCUGUGUCAUGGUCUGAACCAGGUGGAAGACAGGUGCCCAAGGGACAGCACAUGUGGCACCGCCUCUCUGUGCACGUGAAGACCAAUGAGACGGCCUGCAACCAAACGGCCGUCAUCAAGCCCCUCACUAAAAGUUACCAAGGCUCCGGCAAGAGCCUGACCUUUUCAGAUACCAGCACCAAGUCCCUGUACAACGUGGAGGAGGAGGAGGAUGCCCAGCCAGUUCGCUUCAGCCCUCCCAGCAGCCCUUCCAUGGUGGUGCACCGACGCGUGCCACCCGCGGUGACCACGCCGCCCCACUUGACAGCGGAGGAGACCCCUCUGUUCCUGGCCGACCCGGCCGUCACCAAGGGCUUGCCCCCUCCCCUCCAGCAGCAGCAGCAGCAGCAGCAGCAGCAGCCACCGCAGCAGCCACCCCCACAGCAGAAACCCCUGAUGGACCAGCUACAGGGAGUGGUCAACAGCUUUGGCACCGGGAUCCCCGACUUCCACGCAGUGCUGGCAGGCCCGGGGGCGCCGGGGAACGGGCUGCGGUCCCUGUACCCGCCACCGCCACCCCCGCAGCACCUGCAGAUGCUGCCGCUGCAGCUGAGCACGUUCGGGGAGGAGCCCAUCUCCCCGCCGGCAGAGGACGAGGACGACAGCGAGAGGUUCAAGCUCCUCCAGGAGUACGUGUACGAGCGCGAAGGGACUACGGAGGAAGACGAACUGGACGAGGACGAGGAGGACCUGCAGGCGGCCAGCAAGCUGACCCCGGAGGAUUCUCCUGCCCUGACGCCGCCGUCGCCUUUUCGAGACUCGGUGGCCUCGGGCAGCUCAGUGCCCAGCUCCCCCGUGUCUGAGUCGGUGCUCUGCACCCCUCCCAACGUGUCCUACGCCUCUGUCAUCCUGAGGGACUACAAGCAAAGCUCUUCCACCCUGUAGGGAGGAGGCGUCGGAGCGGAGAAGCAGGACAAGCCAGAGAGCUCCCACCCGUCCUGAGACGUGCACAAAGCCAGGAGGAGAAGCGUGGGAGGGGAGGGCCCAGGCGGGAGGCGAGGAGAACGCGGCUGCUGCUGCCUUAACGGAGGAGAGAGGGGGAGAGCAAGCAAACAGUGAGCCAGGCCGGGAUCGGAUUCUUGAAUUAUUCAAAGCCUUCUCUAGGAAGAAAGGGAAUUCUGACAAAGCACAAUUCCAUAUGGUAUGUAACUUUUAUUGCAAAAAAUAAAAAUAAAAAAUAAAAUCAACAAAAUAAUGUCUUUUGCACAAUCGUGCAUACAUAUAUAUGCCCACACGCACUUGGCCAAGCCUGGAAGGGAACUGCCCCUGUGGACGUUCCAGUUGAACCAUUAGUUCAUCUUAUGGCAUUCAUAGUGAGCAGGUGGAGCCAGACAGAGCAGACAGGUGAAAGGGAGGGGCAGGGACAUGGGUCACCCAAGGUCCAGGUGAUGGGACAGCAGCUCAUUUCUUGGAAGCCCUUGUCCCUGCCGGACUGUCAGACUCCUGAUCUCCAGAAGACUCAGGAACUGACCCUCACAGGGGCCUCUCUUCACCCACUGCUGCCAUCCAGAGCCAGCCUUGCUGUGGCACUUGGAGAAAGGUGCAUGAACACCCUGAGGCUCUGUGAUUUUUCCUCUACUUAGGAAAACAGGAACAAGAACAAAAUCAUCACCAAAAAGUGCUUCCUUGGGAGUGCUAUGGGAGGAAAGAAGGAGAAGCAAGACAAUACCUAAGUAUUUGGGCAAAAUCAGUGGGCACAACCAGCCUCCCAUUCAAAACUUGCUUAUUGGAGGUUUCAGAAAAAGGUGAAAACAAUAGAGUGCUGUAACUUUUGUGGAUUCACUUGUGCUUGUGCCAAGUGGGCUCUCCAUUGCCCUUCAGUUAAAGAGAACAAACCUUGUGGCAGAAGUGUUACCUUCCAUUUACUGUAGCAAAUAAAACUAACCAGUUGGACUUCUAAGGUUCAUAUAUGUACAAUGUGGUGCCAACAUUUCUCCUGUGUACUACUGGAACAAGUCCAUUAUUGAACCUGGUGGUGUACUCAUAGCAACUAUUACUCACCUAAAUGACAAGUAAAUCUUUCCUGUUGUCUUUGGAGUUCCUGUAACUAGCCAGUGAAUGUAUAUCUGUGUCCUCAUAUACGUGUAACUAUAAACUCUGUGCAAUGUAAUGUCAAUCUAACUGCAUCUAGAAGAUUGUCUUUUGGAUAUAGCUAUAGAUAUUUCUAUGUUCUAUUAAUGUUUUAUAUAUCAUUGUCACCAAUAUCUGCAGAAGCUCUAUGAAGGUUUGAGUCCUGUGGUUCAGUAUGUGUCAUAUACAGCUCAGAUGGUAAUUCCUCUUCUGAGAGGGAACUUAUUUUUCAGACAUUUUAUGAUGUGGGAAUGUUAUUAAUAAAGUAGUUUGAAAAUCUCUUAUAUCAAAAGGUCACAAAAGUUAUGGGUGACAAUAAAAGGUACAUUUUAUAAGCUCGCACACAUCAUUAUUAAAAUGAAAGAUUGAAAAGACAGUAUUUAGAUUAUUCCAGAUUAUUUUAGAUUUUUUUAAAAUGAUUUUCCACAGCUACUUGAGCUUUUUGUUCUUCUAGAACACAAUAGUAGCCACAUCCAGACAUAAUUUAGCAAAUAUUUAUUCAUCAGUCACAUUUUGCCUUCUUUUUAUUUUCAUGUCUUUUUAUUUUUGCCUUUUUUUGCUGUCAUAACCUUUGUUUAUAAUUCUCUCAUUUGCUGCUGUGUUAAUACCCAUGUACAUGUAUCCUGUUAUUCCAUUUUUACCUUCCUUUUAAUCCCCAAUAAAAGAAUUUCUCUUGCAGUUCUGAUUUCUUCUAUUAUUUGUGGAAUGAAUUCUGUCCCUUUAAAUAUCUUUGUUUAUGCCUUAUGUUCAGUCAUAUUUUAAUAUGCUUCCUUCAUGUCGAAGCUGCUGAUUUCUCACCCUAGAAUCUUUAAAUAUCAACUGCAUCAUUUGUUCAAAAUUUAACAUCAGUUCCAAUGUUGGAGGCUUGUAUUCCUUAGGUUUUACCAUAUUCUAUCAUCACGCUUAGUCAGUUCCAUAUCGAGAAUGAACUGCCUUUCCUUUUAAAAUUUAUUUGAAAACACCUUUACUGAAAAGACCUCAUGACCAAAAAUGUGAAUUUCAAUUCCAUGUUUUCAUUGCAAUGAAGCAGAAUGAGGAAAAUGGACAACUCCGGUGCUUAAAAGAUUGAUUUCUACUAAUUGGCAAACUAGCAAGAAAUAUAUGCUAUCUCUUAUUAGUGAGCAUCUUUUAAUGCUAAUGCCACUAACAUAUACCCUUAAUAUUGCAGAACUGUGCAUUCAGAUUUUUAAACAUCAGGAUAGAUAAGGUAAACAACUUUCAUUCAAAUAAUGUAAGAUGUUGGUUUGCUCUGAGGUUUUGGUUUAAGACAUUUAGUGAACACAUUCAACACUGAUUCCAGUGUUACUCUGAAUGCCUACUAUCAUCAUGAUUUCAAGUUUUCCUGAAUAAAUAGAGUAUUAGCUCUUCUGUCAUAAUUGUUCACAACUGGAGAUGUGCACAUGCAUACCCUGUACCAGAAGGUCAGAGACUCUUCACCUUACCGUACGUACUUAUACAGAUUGUUCUGCUUCUUGUAAAAGUGUUUUCCUUUGGCUUGUUACUGCCUUUUGUCAAAUAACCUUGAUAAUGCUGUACAAUAAAUAUUUUCUAUU